GUAACGUCAUUGUAGAGCGGGAAGUAGGAGAAAAAAUGCGUUAAAAAAAUGACCAGUCAAACAGUAUGUUCAUACAACCUUUUUAAAUACUUUAAAUUGUUUCCUUGUACUUAAGUAUUGUUUAGUAAUGAUAAUAAUAAUAAUAAUAAUAAUAAUAAUCUUAUAUAUCCAUAAGGAAAUCUGAAUUACAAUUACACCAAACAAAACAUUGGUAACCAAAAUAUACAUUCACACCAGACUCACUAUAAAUUUACGCGUGAAAUGCUUAUAUCGGAUAGUAAAAUUGUAUUAAAUGAUUUGAUUGCCAGGGUAACAGUUUUUGUGUCUGUCUGUCUUUGCUAUCGGUGUCUCGUAUCUCUUUUGUGAUAGUAAAAUCACAAAAACAUGACCCAAAAUAAUUAAUCAAUUAAACAAUUUCUAAAGUUAAUUUGUAAAACUUUUACUUAAUUUCCCGAAUUUCCGUUUACUUUUGGAUAUUGUAUCUAGUAACCAAUGGCGUCACUAGGCAGGUGCGGGGGGUGCGAUCCGCACCGGGUGACACACACCUGGGGGGUGACACCCAAGUGGAAAAGAAUUGUACUUUGGAAAAAAAAACAGACAACUUAGACGAAAAUAAUGAUUAGCUAGAGACCAAACAUACUUUGAUCUAUCUAUUUUAAUUUACUUUAUGUUUGGUAGGCCUACAAAUGUCCAAAAUGCUAAGUGUAGAAAAUUGGGAAGCAAACGUUGUCUUUCGUCAAAGGACAAAAAGUCGGUUGCACUUGCAUCACAAUUCUUUCGUAUUUUAUUAUUAAUCAAGCAAAAACGUCUUCAAUGCCAAUUAUUAUAACUAGAAACUUUCCCCAUGAACUGCAAGAUUGAUUCAAUUGUUGUUUUUUUCAAAUAAGACUUUUCAAUGCAUCUUCAACAACGCGAUUUUUAAGUCUUCUACUAUCUUAUGACAGAACGGAUAAACUUCUCUCGACUGACGUACACUCGUACUAUCGAUGUAUUUUACGUGAACAGAACAGGCCUGCUACAUGUCCUCUUCCUAAACACGAAUAUGAUGAAAUGACGACCAAGCCCAUUAUGCAUGUUAUACUGCGAUGUUUCUCAAACUGGGAGGAAUGGCAAAUUUGGAGGCGGAGUACCGUUCAAAAUUAUUUUUCAAGGCCACGGGCGUAAAUAUUCAAGCAAUGUUACUGUUUAUUAUCCUAUCUGUGAUGACGAGUUUAUCGUUGGUGACGUGUCAAACUGACCAAGAGUGUAAGUUAGAGGUCGUCAACAGAAAGGAUUUUGAAGAAAAAAUAGUCAUAUAUUUAAGCGAGGACAGCAAAUCUUUGCUUAUUGAGUACAACCUGACUAUAUCCAGCAGAGGAAACAUAACCGACUGGAACAAUAUAGCAGACUCUACGUCAAUUGAACCUUGGAGAUGGUUUCGAGCUAAAGGUGAUGAAAUUAUAAGGUUUCUAUUGAUAUACGACAGAAUUUUUUUAGGGUCUGUUUUUUUUUACAAGAUUUACAAGUAUUUUCCAGUAGAUCUUGUUGAUCACCCAGACGGCUGUUUACAGAAUAUUAGUACCACUGAGACGUCAUCAUUUAUAAUGAGAGCUUUAAUUGAAGAUUUUGGCAUACGAUUUGAGGAUCUACGAACCUCUUCGAAACUGUAUAAGGAACCAUUUAUUUGUACCACACGAAGAGACAAUGGAAAAACAUAUAAAUGGUGUUGUAAGAACGACCUACAUAACGAAAUAGUUUGCAAUUCUGUUCAAGAAUAAAGCGGUUACCUUACCAUUUUAUAUGUGCUUGUUGCCAUUGUGAUUGUUCUUUUAUAUUUAAAUGGUUCUUGUUUAAAAAAAAUACACAAAACUACAUCAAAAUUUGUUGGCAUAGAUUCGGAUCCUCUAAAUGAUUCUUCCAUACGCAUUGUUUCUUUAAAUUUUGUUUCUAAAAAUGAUGCUGGCAGCAAUACUGAUUCUCCAAAUGGUGCUUGCAGCAAUACUGAUUCUCCAAAUGAUGCUUGCAGCAAUACUAAUUCUCCAAAUGGUGCUUGCAGCAAUAUUGAAUCUCCAAAUGGUGCUUGCAGCAAUAGUGAUUCUCCAAUUGGUGCUUGUAGCAAUAGUGAUUCUCCAAAUGGUGCUUGCAGCAAUACUGAUUCUCCUAAUGGUGCUUGCAGCAAUACUGAUUCUCCUAAUGGUGCUUGCAGCAAUACUGAAUCUCCAAAUGGUGCUUGCAGCAAUAGUAAUUCUCCAAAUGGGGCUUGCAGCAAUACUGAUUCUCCAAAUGGUGAUUGCAGCAAUACUGAUUCUCCAAAUGGUGAUUGCAGCAAUACUGAUUCUCCAAAUGGGGCUUACAGCAAUUAUGUUGCUUACACAAAUACAAAUCGCUCAAUUCUAAUAAAGUUAAACUCAUAUUAUGAAAAUGAAAAACCGUUGCCAUUCGACAUACAAGCAAAAGGCUGUUGCUUUAAUGACAAGGUAAGUCAAAUUCUACCUAGACACGUUAAUAAAACUAAAAACAGCAACACAAUAAUUAUAAUGAUUACAUGUUUUCAUAGUCAUACUUUACACAAUUUUAAAUUAAUAUAUUUAGUUUCGAAGUUAAUUAUACAAAAAUUAACCCAUAACUUUGUAGUCCUAUUAUGUCUGUAGAACAAAAUUCCCCAUUCAGUACAGUGAAGUUGAUGAUAAGAUCAUUUGUUUCUUUGGCCAACGGUUAACUAGCAGGGUGUCAUGUGACCAGCCUUUACUUUCCUCAACUAAUGUCAGUUUGAUGUGACGAUACGUUUAAAGCUCACACAAGGUAUCCCUCAGGUCCAAGCAUUUAUUUUUUUUAAACUUAAAUCAUUUAUUUUCCCUAACUCCUUGAAUCAAUCACUAAAAUGCCACCUCCACCAUUCUCCGAUCCAACCCUCUCAGACAUUUUAAUCUUAUAUUUUACCUUUCCAUGUUGUGACAUAUGCUAAACGAAACUUAGACAGGAGUUAGUUGAACACCAGACAAGGACAUGCCCCUUCUCCCAUUGACUGGACCAAGGUAUACAUAUGAUGGACGGAACUCUUCCCCUCCUUUAUCGUCAAUACGGGCAGGUAACACUUUUCCCGGUGACUUCCUUACCUCCUCUUGGGAGCGUUUUAUUAAUUCAAGAGCCCUCCUCAGAUACCAAACUUUGAGAAGUUUCCCUCGUCAUGGUUUACACUGUCCAGUGUCAUUGUCAUGACAACUUUCCUCGCUGUGGUCAGGCGACAGUGUUAUCUCCCAUUAUUUCCCCUGCGCAAGAAGACAAAGAGACGCAUCCCCCAGCGAACAAAAUUCUUUGGUCUCUCGAUUCAAAUGUCUGCACAAUGUCCAUCAUUGGAAAUCAUUCAUCUCAGAUCCAUUAAAAAUUUUUUCUCUUAAUGGCGACGUAUGAUCUGUUACCUCACAUCAUUUUCCUCUACCCUCUCUCUGCCAUUUUCUGUUGGCGUUUGUAACUCUGGUCUUUCCAUUUCAUUCCUUUUCAAGACCUGGUGGAAAGAGGACAAUUCUGCUGUCUCUGAUUUCCAGACAAUUUGUCCCUUCUUCUUGUAUAGGUGGUGUGUAACUUAGUAAAGUGCUUGAGAACCACUUUACUUAUUUGUUAAUAAUUUUAUGAAUUUUAAAUAUUUUGCUAUCCUGGACUGAACUUUCUUAUACACUAUCUCUAGUCCGUAAAGGCUUCGAUCAUAGGACCAUAAAAUGCAGGGUUAGGGUCCCUUGUCCAACGACAGCCGUUGACAUGUGUGAUAUUCCUGAGUCAUGUGUGUCAGAAGGUCGAAGUUGGACACAUAACCCCUACCUAUCAUUCCGCCACUGGAGUUAUAAUUGUAAUAUAUAAAGCAGAAAGUAAGGCGUAUGUAUGUAUGCCCAGCAUAGAAAUCAAAACCGUUUCACCAAUCUUGAUAAAACUUGGCAUAAAUGUUCCUUAGUUCUUGGCGGAGACAGUAGUGUACUUUAAUGUCCCUCCCACAAACGGGCCCCCCCCCCCAAAAAAAAAAAAAGCUAGAUUUAUAUCUUUUAAAGAAAUAAACUUUUAAAUAAAUCGAGUAAACGUGCUAUCUACUUUUAUUUUCGUAAUGAAAAAAAAAAAAACUUGAAAGAAACAUUAGCUAAGUUUUUCAUUUUUUAUUUAGAUUAGUAAGAUCUAGACCUGGUAAAUAUUUAAAUCUUAAAUAUUUAAAUCUUCGCGCGCCAGCGUUAGCGCGCGCGAAAAAUAAAAGCGAUACUAGAUCUAUCUCGUGGUAGAUCUAAUAGGAAUAGUCCAUUUCCAGGCAUUGACGCACUGAUUUAUGAUCAGCAAGAACUACUUUUUUUUUUUUUAAUUAAUUUUUUUUCUGCUAUAGAGGGGGAAAUGCGUAUUUUCCGAUGAUAAACCGUACUCGCGUAUUUUCGAGUCCGUUAGCGUACAAAAUACGCAAGAUUCGUACUUGUAGGUUACUCUAAUAUAUAUAUAUAUAUUAUGGGCGUAUCCGGGGAGGGUUUGGGGUUCACCCCCCCCCCCCCGAAAAUGAAAUCCCCCCCCCUGAGGGGGGGGGAUCGGAGUUUAGUGACUGAUUUUUUGCUUUGAUUUUAUUUAUUUUAGGUGAGAUUUUAAUACUAAACCAUCACUUGCCCCAGCACAACCAAGGGGGUUUUGAGUUUAAUUAUUUGAGCAAAGCCAAUCCAAUUGGGGGUUUAAACCCCUCUUCUACAGAUGGCUUUUGAGAUGGUUUUGAAUUUAAGAUCCCCCUACAGAGCAUUUUGAGGUGGUACAGCGCGCUAGCUGCACGACUAGGAAUUGUUGUUAACUUAAUAACAAACUAAUAGCCUAUCAUUGAAAAAGAGCUAUAUUAUACAUUACACCAUGACAUCUACCUCAUAUGUGCAAUAUGUCAAACGAGCGAUUUUAGAUGAUCUUUUUGUAUUAAUUAGUCAUUGAAAAAAAAGAUUUUACAGGUAUCGAGAUUGUACUUCGGCAACGUCUGUUCGAUGUCGCAGCACAGUUACCAACACACUAUUGCCAUUUUCAUUUAAAUGGAACUAGAAUGCAAGUGUAAAUCUACCUAAACUAAACUUCUGAUUUAGCAUUCUUAAGAAUUAUAUCUAGUAGAUCUAGAUCUAUAAUAUACAUUUGGAAUAAUGUAGAUGUAAUUUAGAUAAGAUUUAUGUAAACAAGCCUACAUUCACUGGCGGAUCCAGGGGGGGGGCGGUAGGGGCGAUCGCCCCCCCCCCCACUCGGCCGACCCCCCCCCCCGGGGGGGGAGGCGGACGAACUUUAGUAUAGGAUUCACACAAUUUGUAUACGAAUUUAUUACUUAUGUUAAAAAUAUAUACAAAUUAUUUAUAUUUCAACCUAUUUUUAGAUUAUUUCGCCCCCCCCCCAUCUAGUAUGUUGACCGAUUUGGUGGGGUCAGGAGGGGGCGAUGGUAUCAAUCCCGCGCCCCCCCUACACUAUCGAGUGGGGGGGGCGGUCCAAUUUGUUUGUAGAAAUCACAGCUUGCUAACAAAAUCAAUUAAAUAUCUAUAUUAUUAAAACUUAUUAUUGAUAUUUUAACCGAUAUUUAUGUCGUUCCCUGUUUGCCGAUUGGUGGGGGGGGGGGGGGCGAAUACCUCUACUGCCCUUCCCACCUAAACCCUUUGAGUGGAGGGGGUGGUCCGUUUUUAUGGAGAAAUCAUAGUUUGUGAACAAAAUUAGUUGAAUUAAUAUAUACAUUUUAUAUUAUGUCGCUCCCUUUCUGGUAUAUUAGCCGAUUCGGUGGGGUGAGGGGGGGCGAUUGCAUGUACUGCCCUCCCCACUCUAGCCCUCUGAGUGCUGGGGGGGCGGUCCUAUUUUUGUGGAGAAUCAUAGUUUGUGAACAAAAUUAGUUGAAUAUCUAUAUAAUAUAAACUACGUAUUGAUAUGUGACCCAUUGUUUAUUAUGUCGUACCAUACUCUAAUCUCAAAUUGUAUCAUUAGUAAAUUUAAAUGAAAGAUGGUUGUACCAGUUGGGAGGGGCGAUACAUGCAAUCGCAUUUCCCCCAUCGGAAAAAUCAAUACUUUUUCUUUUUGUAUUAUAGUUAAGAAAUUACAAAAUUUAAAAAAAUCUGUCACUAAUAUAAUUUAUAUACACUAUAAAUUAAAUUCUUAUAUCGAGUCGCCCCACCCCUAUUUAAUGCCAAAUGCAAUAUUUAGCAGAAAUUAUUAAAGAAGCUAAGAUUAAUCGUUUUCAGUCUACCGCCCCUCCCAUUUCCAGACAGAGUUUAUUUAUAUAAUUUCACAUGAAUUUAUCAUAAUUAUUUUAAGAAAGACUUUGCAUUCAAACGAAAUUUUUCAGUAUAAAAGUCAUGAUUGAGAUGAGUUCUAAACUCAAAUAAUGUUUUCAUAGUCGCCUUUUCCCAACCUUUACUCAAUCUGAUAUUUUUCUAGUUAAAUAAAUUUGGGACUAUAAUUCACAAUUUAUACUUAUAUUUUCUUAAAUACUAUUUAUCGAAUAAUUUCUUUUUUCGGCGGCGAUCCUCAAAGCAAAAAGCUAAAUAUGUGGGGUAUCCUAUCUUUUCAAGGAACAAAUCAGUUUUAUUUGCAAUGUAUUAUGGGCCUAUAAAUUUAUAUUAGAAUAUUUUCAAGGUCCUUUUUAAUAGUAUGAAUAAUGAGCUGUAGAUGUCAAGAGAAUGCGUUUCUGCAGUGAAGAAUGCAAGAAAACGCUUUUGGCGUAGGGGCUUCGCCCCGAACUCCUUUGAUGAAAAUGAGCUGUAGAUGUCAGAAGAAUGCGGUUCUGCAGUGAAGAAUGCAAAAAAAAAACGCUUUUGGCGUCGGAGCUUCGCCCCGAACUCCAUUGAUGAAUAAUGAGCUGUAGAUGUCAGAAGAAUGCGGUUCUGCAGUGAAGAAUGCAAGAAAACGCUUUUGGCGUAGGGGCUUCGCCCCGAACUCCUUUGAUGAAAAUGAGCUGUAGAUGUCAGAAGAAUGCGGUUCUGCAGUGAAGAAUGCAAAAAAAAAACGCUUUUGGCGUCGGAGCUUCGCCCCGAACUCCA